AUGGCUUCACAAGAGUCAACAAAACUUUUGCUGCUUCUGUGGAAGAACUUUACUUUAAAGAGGCGGAAGUUUGGGGCUUUAGUUACUGAGAUAGUCCUGAUGCUCAUAUUCAGCAUUGUGCUUUUGACAACACGCCACCUUUUUAGUAUAAAGAAGAUUGAAUCUCUGUAUUUUCCUGACCAACCUGUCAGCACUGUUCCUUCCUUCUUCCGAGUCUCUGCCACCAGUUUUCGUCCUUGGGAGCUGGCUUAUGUGCCUUCCGACAUCGUGGUGGUACAGAAUAUUGUCGAAAAUGUGAAAAAGGAUUUGAACCUCCAUAUGAAAGUUAUAGGGUUUCCUUCAGAAAGUGAUUUUGAAGAUUAUGCUAGAUCAACUGCCAACUCUAGAAAUAUUCUGGCUGCUAUUGUGUUUGGCCACAACUUUGCAAACAGCACUGAUCCUCUGCCAAAAAAGGUAAAAUACUACCUGCGAUUUAGUGAAAUUAAGAAGAACAUAAAUGGUGGGGCAUAUUAUCAAGGGCGCACCUGGUUUACAAAAUUUCUCUUUCCAUCUUUGCGCCUUGUGGGACCCAGAAACCCAUAUGAAGCAGAUGGAGGGAGUCCUGGGUACAUCACUGAAGGAUUCUUGGCUGUGCAACACGCCCUAGACAAGGCCAUCAUGCUACACCAUGGCGGAGCUGUUGCACAAGCACUCUUCAAUGACAUUAGUCUUUUCAUUCAGAGAUUUCCAUACCCAGCAUAUUAUCAUGAUUACUUCUAUUUAUUUGCCAAUAUUUUUGUCCCUCUAACAGUAGCAUGUACCUUCUUUUUUAAUCAUCUUGUCUUAGUUCGGUCCAUUGUGUGGGAAAAGGAAAACCGAUUAAAGGAAUACCAGCUCAUGAUAGGACUGAGAAACUGGAUGUUCUGGGUUGCCUAUUUCUUUACCUUCUUCGCUUUGUAUUGUAUUAACAUUAUAUUCGUGUGCAUGGUUUUAUUUGUCAAGAUUGAACCUGCGCCAAUCUUUCAAUACAAUGACCCAACCCUUGUCUUCGUCCUUUUGUUAUUUUAUGCCAUCUCCUCGAUAUUCUUCAGUUUUAUGAUUAGCACAUUGUUUAAUAGAGUCAGUUUUGCGGUGAGCUUGGGAAGUUUAUUAUUUUUCCUCACCUACUUCCCAACUAUUACAAUGCAUCAAAGCUUUGAGCACAUGCCGUCCAAGCAGAAGCUGAUGUGGUCCUUUGACUUUAAUGUUGGGAUGGCGUUUGGAUUUAGAUUCCUAGUCAACGCAGAAGCAAAGAAAACUGGAAUGAAAUGGAGUAACAUAUUCUUACCAAUGGAUUCAGACAGCUUUUUAUUUGCCUAUGUGCUAGGAAUGCUUUUAGUUGAUGCUUUCAUAUAUGGCCUUGUGGCCUGGUAUAUAGAAGCUGUCUUUCCAGGAGAGUAUGGUGUGCCUAAGCCAUGGAACUUUUUCAUGAUGCACUCUUACUGGUUUGGAGAACCACCUCAACAAAAUCCCGAAAUCACCCAAUUUUGUGAAAGAGUUGAAAGCAAAUAUUUUGAAGCUGAACCAAUUGAUUUGACAGCAGGCAUCCAUAUCAAACACCUACACAAGGUAUUCCAUGAGAAUAACAUCACCAAGGUUGCCAUCAAGGACUUGUCUUUGAACUUAUAUGAGGGACAGAUCACUGUUCUUCUAGGACAUAAUGGGGCAGGAAAGUCCACAACUCUGUCCAUCCUCUCAGGUCUCUAUCCCCCCACCAGCGGAGAGGCCUAUGUUCACGGAGAAGACAUCUCACAGCAUAUGGAUCAAAUCAGAAAAUCCUUGGGCUUAUGUCCUCAGCAGAACCUGUUGUUUGAUCACUUGACAGUAUCAGAACACCUUUAUUUCUACUGCAGGAUAAAAGGAGUACCUCAAAAAGUAUAUCUUGCAGAAACUAACAACAUGCUGUCAGCUUUUAACUUGAUGGAAAAGCGUGAUGCAUUUUCGCAGUCACUGAGUGGAGGCAUGAAGCGCAAACUUGCCAUCAUCAUUGCCCUGAUAGGGGGCUCCAAGGUGGUGAUACUUGAUGAGCCAACAUCUGGCAUGGACCCAGCCUCCAGGAAGAGCACCUGGGAUAUCCUUCAGACUUGUAAACCGAAUCGUACCAUCCUGCUGACCACCCACUACAUGGAUGAAGCUGACGUGCUGGGUGACCGCAUUGCCAUCAUGGUCAGGGGGACCUUGCGAUGCUGCGGCUCUUCAGUCUUCCUGAAGAGACUAUAUGGUGUUGGAAGCCACCUCAUCAUGGUGAAGGAGCCUAACUGUGUCAUUGAUGAAAUCUCAAACCUGAUCCAUUCCUAUGUAUCAACAGCCACCCUGGAGACUAAUGUUGGAAAUGAGUUAUCUUUUAUUCUACCCAAAGAAUAUACACACAAGUUUGAAGCUCUCUUGACUGCUCUGGAAAAGAACCAAAAGAAACUUGGCAUUUCUAGCUUUGGUGUGUCUAUCACUACCAUGGAAGAAGUCUUCCUCAGGGUCAGUAACAUGGACGAUUCAAAACCAGAUACCAAAGCUACCCAGUCUCCCGCAGUAGGAAGCAAAGGGAACAAGAAUAGGGAUGUUGAAAGCAGCGUGAGAGCAGGCUUUCCCACCCAGAGUGAAGACCUGACCACUGUGUUUAACACUGGGUGUUCCCUCUACCUGCAGCAGUUCUAUGCCAUGUUCAUGAAGAAGCUGAUGUACAACUGGCGGAACUGGAGGGUGCUUUCCGUGCAGAUACUGGGUCUUGUCAUUUCUACUUUCUUACUCCUCAAGUCUCAUGAGCUUAGAUAUAAGAAAAUUAGGCAAAUGAAUUUGGAUGAAUAUGGUCAAACCAUUGUGCCUUAUUCUAUCUUGGGGAAAUCUAAUCUGACAACAAGUCUCUUAACACACCUUGAGGAUAUUCUAAAACCCGGCGACCACCAACUCAAGGAAGUACAAGGCGAUCUACUCAAAUAUUUGGAGGGAAAUGAUGAGUGCAUUCGAUUAUGUAUCAUCGCACUUUCUAUCAAGGUGGUUGCAAAUAGAGCAAAGCUUACAGUUCUGUUCAACAACGAAGCCUACCAUUCACCGUCUCUAUCCCUGGCAGUGUUAGACAACAUUCUUUUCAUGUCACUUUCUGGUGCUGAUGCUUCCAUAACAGUCUUCAAUAAACCUCAGCCACGCCCCCAGGGUAAAGAAUGGCCCGGGAGUACAGAUGGGAAGAUUGUGGCCUUCAAAAUUCAGCUGGGUGUGGCUCUUUUGGUCAGUGGCUUUUGCAUCCUGACCGUGACUGAGAGACUCACCAGGGCAAAGCACAUGCAGUUUCUGAGCGGGGUCUCCGUCCUUGUGUACUGGCUUUCUGCUCUGGUAUUUGAUUUCAUUAUCUUCUUCAUUUCUUGCUGCUUCUUAUUGGUUAUGUUCAAAUACUGUAAAAUUGACAUCUAUGUCACCGACUACCACAUUCUGGAAACGAUGUUGAUCCUCACACUGUUUGGAUGGUCUGCCAUCCCCCUCACGUACCUGAUGAGCUUCCUGUUUUCUAAAAGCACCUCUGCCUACAUCAAACUUCUGGUGUUUUAUUAUCUCUCUGGCACUUUUGGUCUCUUGAUAGAUAUCAUAAUAGAAGCCAAGAUAUCAACCAUCGUGUCUAAGUCCACCCAAAACUUUCUGCUCAAUAUGUUGCUGCUCUUUCCCUCAUACAACCUUGGGAAGUGCAUCAGUGAGUACACCGUUAUUUACCAGAAGAAAAUGCUAUGCAUCCAGCAAAAGAACGCUCUCAAAUUCCUGAACUGUAGCAAAGAACAUACUAAGAAGAACAUUUAUUCUUUGAAGAAGCCUAUGCUUGGAAAGUAUUUAAUUGCUAUGAGCAUUGCCGGCUUUGUUUUCCUUCUCUUCAUUUUCUUUUGGGAAAAUAUCUCAUGGAAAUUAAGAAUGCUCAUCCAUCAACACAUAUUCUUUUGUGCCUACAAGAAAUACAAGCGGGAUAUAAUUUCCAAGGAAUUAUCUGGGACUUCUGAAGAUAAUGAUGUAGAAAAUGAGAGAAGAGGAAUUCUGUACCAGCCUGAAAAGUUUCUGCAUUGCCCAGUUCUUAUUAAGGAGCUCACGAAGAUAUAUUUUAAGUCUCCACUAAUUCUGGCUGUGAAAAAUAUCUCACUUGCUAUCCAAGAGAGGGAGUGCUUUGGAUUACUUGGAUUCAAUGGAGCAGGUAAAACAACUACCUUUCAAAUUUUGACUGGAGAAAAUAUUCCUACUGCCGGGGAUGUGUUCAUUGAUGGCAUUAGCAUCACCAAGAACAUCCUAAAGGUCAGGUCAAAAAUUGGCUAUUGUCCUCAAUUUGAUGCCUUGCUGGAAUACAUGACUGGCUGGGAAAUAAUGAUCAUGUAUGCAAGAAUAUGGGGAAUCUCAGAGCAUCAGAUUCGGCCCUAUGUGAAAAAGUAUUUGAACUCUUUGGAUCUGGAGUCUCAUGCCAACAAUCUUAUCAGCACCUACAGUGAAGGAAACAAACGUAGGCUGAGCACUGCCAUUGCCACCAUGGGAAAGCCCUCAGUUGUCUUCCUGGACGAACCAUCAACUGGCAUGGACCCAAGAGCUAGACGCCUUCUCUGGAACACAGUGAUAAAGAGUCGCGAAAGUGGAAAAGCCAUCAUUAUAACAUCCCACAGCAUGGAAGAAUGUGAAGCCCUUUGUACAAGGCUAUCCAUAAUGGUGCAUGGGAAACUCACAUGCCUGGGUAGCCCUCAGUACCUCAAGAACAAGUUUGGUAAUAUUUAUAUUCUGAAGACCAAGGUCAAGUCUGGGGAAACAUUAAAUGAAUUUAAAAAUUUCAUCACAAUGACAUUUCCAGGAAGUGAAUUAAAGCAAGAGAAUCAAGGGAUUCUUAAUUACUACAUUCCCAGCAAGGACAACAGCUGGGGAAAGGUGUUUGGCAUUUUGGAGAAAGCAAAGAAACAAUACAAUUUAGAAGACUAUUCCAUCAGUCAGAUCACCCUGGACCAAGUCUUCCUGUCUUUUGCUGAUCAAGACAUGAAGUGA